GGUCAAUGAUUGUCGAUUACGAGAGGACGAAGUCCAAUGUAAACAGUAGAGUGAGUAUGGUGGUCAUAACAGCAGCAUCAUGUCUGUGAAAACUCUGUGCAGAGGAGAUUUACUAAAACUUUUUAAACAUGGUGUUUCCGCCUCAAACAAAUGUGUAAGAGCCCGACAGUCCGCAGCAGCAGCAGCAGGGCCAGGACGAGGCUCCACUCGGGGGUACUACAACAGCGGGAAAGACUGGCUCCAAACACCGGAAAAGGGAGCCCGUGUCCGGGUGGUGGACCUCCGCAGCGACACGGUGACGAAGCCCGGGCCGGCGAUGCGUCAGGCCAUGGCGGAGGCCGAGGUCGGAGACGACGUAAUGGGAGAAGAUCCGACGGUUAAUGGUCAGACCGAGUAAAACACACCACACCAAUAGAAGUGGAAGUAUCUGGAAGAGCAAUUGUCCUAAGUCGAAAAUGAAUCACCAGAGUAGGAGUUUCAAGAAUUUACGAUGAAAUACAUUCAGCGCUUGCAAUUUCUCCUUUUUAAAAAUCAAUGUAAAAAAGAUUUAAAAUCCCUACAAAGUCAAAGCUACGGUGGCCUAGAACCGCCACUGCUGCAAUAAAAAAGAAUACAAAAAACUGGAAAACUGAAGCCAACUGCCAAUAAAAUAAGAAACGGUGCAGAUUUUUAAAAAAGCCACAACAAAGGUUAACUACGCAAAAAAAAGUGAAGAUACAAAAAAAAAAAAUCUUGUUGCAGUGUGCGUUUUUUUAUUUCCGUGGCCGAGAACUGCCACUGCUGCAAAUAAUAGAAUGCAAAAGAAAAAAAAGAAGUCACAACAGAAUUUACCCAUGCAAAAAAAGAGACUGAGGCCUGCUGCAAAUGAUAGAAUGCAAAAAAGUUCUUUUGCAUUGGUAACUUCCAUUAUGACUUAUUUUUGUAUUUGCAGCAGUGGCGGUUCUCGGCCACCACAAUAAAAAAAGCACACUGAUGUAAUCUCAAGUAUUCCCAAAAUACACAGUGACUUGAGCAAAAUCAUUCUAGAUAUCAACAUUUAAAGUACAAUUUCGAAUAUCUUAGUCAGAACAAUGACAAGCUGCCAUUUGAAUUUAGAUCAUGAUGAUAAUUAAGAAAUAAAUUUGUUGUUAUUGGCAGGUAAGCUCUUGUAUAAUGGCAGAGGUUGUUGAAUUUAGUAAUGAUAAGUCAUGUAUUUGCUGACUUUAUAGCAAAUAUAUGCUGAACAAAUAAACAUUAUUUUACAGAGAAUCUCUACCCUAAUCUUUCAGUAUCUGACGUAUAUUUCUGCAGAGUUACAGAAGAUUGCUGCUGACAUGUUUGGGAUGGAGGCUGCUCUGUUCGUCCCCACUGGAACCAUGAGUAACCUGAUCGCAGGUGAACCGAUCAUUUAGAAACAGAGUCAGAAACAACUCUAAUUUGUUCAUUACGUCAUAAACUGCAUGUCUGUGCAUUUCAUUUUGCAGUGAUGGUGCACUGUAGAGAGCGGGGAGACGAGAUGAUUGUAGGCGACCUUUCACAUUUGCACAUCUAUGAACAAGGAGGUAGCGCGCAGGUGAGUGAGUCAGAGCUGCGAACUCUCUUGUGUUGGUUUUAUCAUCAUCUGCAGUGGAUUUAAUGUGGAUUUGCGUGUUGACACAGCUGGCUGGUGUCCACGCCACCACAGUGACCAACCUCCCAGAUGGGACAUUUGACUUGGAUCAGCUGGAAUCAAAGAUUCGCCAUGGUUACCCCGACCCCCAUUACCCCCGCUCACGCCUUGUAUGCGUGGAGAACACGCACAACAUUCAGGGAGGGCGUGUGCUGCCUCUGACCUUCCUGCAGGAGGUGUGUGGGAGUGAAGAUUUGUUUUUUAAGCAAAUCUCACGCUGAUAGACAAACUUCAGUGUGUCAACAUGUGAAUGCAGCUGUCAUACUUCCCUUGGAGCAGCUCUGACAGGUUUUAUCAUUGCUCAUUUGAUUUGUUUUCACCUCUUAGGUCCGUGCUUUGGCAGACAAGUAUGAUCUGUCGGUUCACAUGGAUGGAGCCAGAGUGAUAAAUGCUGCUGUGGCCCAGGGGGUGCCUCCAUCCACCAUACUGCAGCAUACACACACUGUCAGCGUGUGCCUGUCUAAGGUGAGACUGUUGAACAAACACACACAUCAGUAAACAAUGUAGGAGAUUAAUUUGCAUAUCUUUUAAAAGCCGCCAUUUUGAGUUCUUAUGAUUCUUGACAGGGUUUGGGCGCCCCUGUGGGAACCAUGCUCGCUGGGCCCAAAGACUUCAUAUCCCGAGCACUCCGAUGUCGUAAAGCCCUGGGUGGAGGGAUGCGACAGGCUGGUGUUCUCGCAGCAGCUGGAAAACUCUCACUACUCGAGAUGGUAGGCCGACUAGAGGACGAUCACCGCAGUGCAAAAACCUUUGCUCAAGGUGAGUAGCCCUGCAAAAUCUAAAUAUUCCCCACAUGGAGUACCUCUGUCUUCUUCAUCCUACUUGUGACUCCUUUCUCUUCUAGCUCUGCUCGACUGUGACCCUCCUCUCUUUGCUGUCGACUUGACCACCGUGGAGACAAACAUACUGCGUUUCCGCAUUCAAGAGCCGAGCUUGAGCACCUCCGAGUUCUGUGCCCGCAUGGGUCAGGUUGGCGAGGGAGAGGAGGCCGCGCUGGGUCAGGGGAUUAAAGUUCUCAUGUACCCUCAUUAUGCAAAUUCAGUUCGAGCUGUGUGGCAUCUUGGGAUUUCCCCUGAAGAUACUCAGCUGGCCAUCAGUAAAAUGCAGUUUGUGGCUUCCCAAUAUGUAAAGGAAAAGCUCAGGGCUCAGUAAAACUUGAUAUUGCGUGAGAAGUGCAAUCGAAUCACUGGAACUGAUUAAAGAAAAUGUAAAAACAAGGCUACAAAUCUACCAGCUGGACUCUAUUUAGAAUCUUUUUAUGAUGUUUUAAUAUAAAAUAAUAUAAUUAAUUUCAUAAAAUUCAGCAUUUGGUGCACAUAUCCUGAUAACACCAAGAAUAAAUCCAUUCAACCAUUA